AUGCAUCAUGGAUCCAUGACAAGUAAGAUGCCCGCAGAUGACAAGUCCGAUCGACUAUCCCUAUGGGAAUGGAUCUGCAGUCAGAUUCAUCUGAGACCACCUGAAGAUGAUGAGCCCCAGUCAUGGUGGGUCGCAUCAACGGCCAUCCCGUUGAUUGCUGCUACAACGGGACCACUCGCCAAUGUGAUGUCAAUUGCUGCACUGAUUAUGCCGUGGCGAAGCGAGAUCCUCUCGCAUGAUGAUGGUCCCGCUGGAAACCACCUUCAAAAAGGAUAUCCAGACCCUCGCUGGGACACUGUCCUAAAUGCCGUUUCGCUAUUCUGCGGUAUCGUGGGCAACAUGUUUUUACUGUUCAAUUUCACCCAGAUCGUACGGUAUAUCAUAGCUUUGCCCGUCACGAUCAUUAUGUGGUUCCUGGCCUCCGGAAUCCUCUGUGGAAUUACCAUAGCCACAGCCGUUUAUGCACCCCCAGUCGGCAUUGAUAGGACCUACUCGCAGGCUUUUUGGAGUGCCGUCAUUGCAGCAAUCCUCUACUUUAUCUUGAGCCUCAUCUUGAUGAUUAACAUGCUGGGCUAUUUUCUUGGUAAAUACCCGCAACACUUCGCGCUGACUUACGAGCAACGAACCCUGAUUCUACAAAUGACCGCAUUGGUGGUCUGGCUAUUGAUCGGCGCAGCUAUUUUUCAGCGAGUGCUCGGGAUCUCUUUCGCCGAUGCAUUGUACUUCUCCGAUGUAACCGUCCUCACCUUAGGGUAUGGCGACAUCAUUGCCACCAAUAACGUCGGUCGAGGUAUUCUCUGGCCAUAUGCAGUCAUUGGAAUUAUAAUUCUGGGACUGGUUGUGGAAAGCAUCUUCAAAUUUGCCCGCGAGGUCCACUACGACAAUGUCAUUCGGAAACACAUCGAACAUAAACGAGAAUCCACUUUCGAGCGAUCAGUCGGUUUUCACAAGUUCAAAUAUCCCCAAGAGAAACGCCGACUUGACCAAGUCAUCACCCCUCCGACUCUCGUUCUUCAAAAAUCCAAGUCUCGUCACCGACAUCGUCAUUCUCGACCAAUUCGCGACACCAUCAAUGCCAUUACCACGGCUCGUAGACCUAAGGUCAUUGUCAUGCGCGAGGAAAAAGACCGGUUCAACGCUAUGCGCCGUAUCCAGUCUGACACCCUGCGCUUCCGCCGCUGGACCAACCUGAUCAUUAGCGUCGUUGCAUUCGGAAUCGUGUGGUCCUGCGGAGCGGUGGUAUUCUGGAAAUUAGAAGGCUGGACCUAUUUCGAAUCACUCUACUUUUGCUUCAUCUCCCUUCUAACCAUCGGCUACGGCGAUUUCACACCGCAGUCGAAUGCAGGAAGACCAUUCUUCGUGGUAUGGUCCCUAAUCGCCAUUCCAACCAUGACAAUGCUCAUUUCCGAAAUGAGCGACACCGUCGUCGCUAGCUUCAAGCGCGCCACCGAUAUAGUCGCCGACUAUGUCGUCCUUCCUCAAUCAAGUGUCUACAAAAUAUUCUUGGGUCGCAUUCCCGGCGUUGGUCAGUGCAUAAGAUCUCACCAAGAGAAAAAGCGACGACAGCGCGGUUUCCCACUCGAGGGCGCCGAUGAAUCCGGUUCUGGGAAAAGGGCAGGGCCCCGGAACGACGGUGAACCUGAUACUCAAAGUGAUGACUUCGCCGAGUCUCAUCCGCUUCGGUCUAUAGAGGAACUUGCCCGCGAUCCGACCCCACUUGAGCUUGCUAAGCAACUUGCCUUUGCUAUUCGCCGCGUCACGAAACAGGCACGAGAAGGCAAGCGGAAACGAUACUCUUACGAAGAAUGGGUUGAGUUCACCCGGCUCAUUCAGUUCACUAAUCCGCGAUCUUGGCCACUGUCAUCGCAGCAUGCCCAGCCGCUAAUUGAAGAAGACGAAUAUGGACUGAUCAACUGGGACUGGAUCGGUGAAAAUAGUCCCUUGUUGGCGAAACAGACAGAGCCUCAGUGGGUUCUGGAUCGGUUGUGUGAAAGUUUGAUUCGGUACGUGUCGACUCAAGAGGAGAGUCGGGCGUUGGGAGGUGAUGCUGAUAUGACUGAGGAGGCAACUCUUCGGAAGGAGAGGGAUAUUGGGUUGGAUGAAUGA